UGUUUUUAUGAAAGGAGUAGAAGCUGGGCUAGGAUUUGAUGCCAUGUCCUAACUUUUUGAACCUCGAUCGAACGGGUAUAACCAGGGCCACGUGGUAGUAGCAGGAUUUUUUAGUAAUCAACUAGAUAUUUUCAAACAAUAUCAAUAUAUUCAAAUCCCGCAUGAAGCAGACGGAGCAAGCUUUCGUCCUAUCUCGGGUUUCACAACCACGACGACUGAAACCCAAGGCGCUUGCCCCCAGACUCUCGUCCGUUAUGCAAACAACAAGCCUCGCACCACUAAGGCUCCUCCCACCGUCUAUGCGCCCCUCAUACCACUUGAUGAUGAUGGGGAAGUGAGACUUUGUGAUACGCUAUAAGAUGAUCAAAAGUCAAGUUAAUUGAACUCUGUAGGAGCUGAGAUGAACCAUAUAUAUAUAUAUAUCUCUCUCUGCUGAGAAGGCACGUAAGGACGUGGUAUUGUUGUGGCGGCUGGCUUAGCCCCAAGCCCCUGAAAUUCACCAAUCAAGCGACCACCAGCGGCUGGAUGGCUGGCUGGGCUGCUUGCCUACGGAGGUAAAGCUGGUGCGGAACGGAAGCCCAGCGGGACGGUUUCGACUGACGGCAGCACCAAAAUAUUCGUUUCGUCCCUUCAACGACGCGAAGAAGGUCUCUCUCCCUUCUCUAUUGUCCAUCUGAAAAGUUCCACAGUACCUGUACGCGUGCAGUCAAUUUGCUCUUUGUCUUUCACUUCAUUCCGUGGCAGGGAGAAGAGAAAAUACCAGGAUCCAGAGAAGGACAAGGCUAGGCUGGAGUACGAGUAGUGAACCCGAACAAAGCUUUAGAGGGAAAGGCAGGUGCCGACGUCGAUCAUACAGGAACCCGGCGGAAAGGAGACGGCGAUCCAGCUAUCGAAAUCUGCUUGCUGCGAAGAUCACAUUCCUGACGAAGGAGAAAGGCAAGGGAUCUUGACCAUCCCUCAGAUGUAUCCUCCCUCUGUUCAAUAAACCUGCGAGGGCUUCAGCCAUGCGAUAACCACUACCUAUACCCACGAAAAGCGAGCCUGAGAAAAGAGACAGUUGGCCAAAUCUAUGAAUGGGGAGUUAAGAGGGGACAGCAAUCAACAAUGAAUGGGGCUGCGGCUAGAGGCAAGGCGCUUCCAGCCCGGCCGAACCAGGAUUGGAGCUUUGGCGGCGGUCAAGGGGCCAGGAAUUAUGGAGCGAAUGCGCCGAAGAAUGGGUACAGCAGGAAGGAGAAUGUGGAUCCCAGGACCAACAUGCAGGUAGCGCAGCAGAAUACUGGGAGGAGGGGAGCAGCGCCUUUGCCAGUGCCAGUACCAGCGCCUCCAGAACCAAACGGCAGGACGGUCCUCGAGGGUUACAGGAAGGACGUGAUGAAUGGCUUCGAGGAGAAGCCCAGAUACAAUCCGAUGAAUCCCACGAGGCCGCAGAGCUCGACGCUCUUGAAUGUCAAUGAUCCGAUCCAAAUACAUCUGCUGGUUGAGACUGCGCUGGGCGACAGCAAGGAGUACGAACUCUUGUCCCAGGAAGAGGUGGACGACCUCAAGAAGCAAUGUCAAGUCCUCACCCAGCGGAUCGAACAAACGCGGCAGAACCUCGCCAUCCAAUCCAAAUACCGCGAUGCUGCCAUCUCCAUGGCGAAGCUGUACUCGCCCUCGGACAAGAGAGAAGGCCAGGACGGCGGGAGGAGGAGGAGUAUCUUUGGACAUAACCGCAACAGCAGUGAUUCGGUCAAAGAGGCAGAUCAGGAGCGGAUAGCCAGCGAGAAGAAAUGCGAGGAUCUGGCGCUGGAGUUAUGGUCUUUGGAGAAACGGCUUAUGGAGCCUCAGACAAGACUGCUGAAGCAUACUGCGGGAAUACUUCAGAUGACACAUAAAGGACCAAAGAAGAUGCCCAAGGGCCAGGGAGCGUCGCAGCAGCAAGGCAUUCCUGGGAGUCCAGAGAGCAUGUACACGUAUUCGAAUGCGAGGAGUAGUAUGGAGCCUAUUCACGACGAGAUGUUCUUCGAUGAGAGGAGUUUCUACAAGGAUGCAGAUCGUCUGGAUGGUUUCAAUAUUGGUGGGAGGGAGAGCUUGAUCCCUUCUACAGGGCCGUCAAAGGAGCAGAUGCAGAUGAUUGCCAAUACGGAACAGCAGUUGGAGAGUCUGAAUAAUCGGCUACGGGAAGUUAUCAUCAAGGUCAAUCCGGAGCGGGAGGGGAGUUUUGGAACUCCUUUCAGUAGGACUGACCGGGAUGGGAAAUCUGCGGAAGCUGGGACAACGUUGCAAAGUCAUCUGGAAUAUUUGGAAAAGGGCAUUAUUGCUAUUGAUCAGGAGAGUGCUGGUCAGUCAACAAGAGUUCAGGUACAGUCUGAGGCCGCUAUGGAACAGACGCUGGGGGAACUGAAUGGAGAGGUCCGGAAUCUUCUUUUACCAUAUGAUCCCAACCGACCAGAGCCACCAAAGCUUACUGGAAGUGGAUUGAACGAGCAACUUGGAUAUUUCCAGGAGAUUAUUGGCGCUGUGGCAGUGGAAUUGUCUCGAGCAUCUAGUACCGCAAACAAGAGUACGGGUAAUUCGGAGAAUUUGGAGCAGAUGCAGACAGUCAUGAUGGGAUUAUGGGAUAUCAUACAAUCUGGCGAGGAAGACCAGCGGCAGAGGAAAGCAGAACGUCGCCAGACUCGAACAGCUCAAAAUCUUCCGCAAGAUGAGGAAGACUCUCCUGAUGAAGGGGAUGAUCCGAAUGAGAAUUUCUCUAUACAGGCAUUCUCUACGAAGGUUCAAUGGCUGUACUCCCAGGCUACUCGUCUAAAGGAUCAGAAGAAGGUCUUGCAGCGACAGAUCAAGCAACAGCGGGAGCUCAACAACAAGUCGGAUGCAGCCAAGGAUGCUGAAAUGGUGCAGAAAGGCGAGGAGUUGCAGAGGAUGCAAGACCUCCUCACUCGGACCGAAGCAGAUGCCGAUAAUGUUCGACAGCAGCUGAGUGAUAUGAUGGAAAAGCUCGAUGAGACCAAUCAGCGAGAACUCAUGCGUGAUCAAUCGCGGUCGAAAGAUGAAUCAGCUGCCGUUCAGCAGGCUCAAGAGGAGCUCAGUAGUCGGGCUCAGAAGAUUCAACAGAUCGAGAGUGAACUCAGUUCAAGGAAUAAGCAGUUCCAGCAGAUUGAGAGCGAGCUCAAGUCACGAGAUCAGACGAUUCAGGAAGUUGAGAAUGAGCUUAAUGCUCGCAACCAGACUAUCGCUGCUCUUGAAGAAGAGUUACAGGAUAUGAAGGACGACCAAUCCAUCGGCAAUGCAGAACUACAAGGCAAAAUGGCCGACUCCGAAUCCAAGAUCGCAACCUUAACACAAGAGCUAGCCGCCGCAGCAGCCGCGAAGACCACCUUCGAAAAGGGCACCCAGGAGAAAGACCAAGCCCUCGCCGCCAAAGACAAAGAGAUGGAAGACAUGAACAUGGAGAUCGCCCGCCUCCAAACCGAAGUCACCAUCGCUCGCGCCGAGCUCGACGGCGCCUACGGCUCCCGCGCCCAGCGCGCCGCAGAAGUAGCAGCCAACCCAGCCAUCCAAAAGGAAAUCGACACCCUCACCAAGAGCAACUCCUCCCUCGCCGCCGAGAUCGCAGCUCUCAAGGAGAAGGCCUCCUCCUCGACCUCCUCACCGGACGCGGACGCCAAGAUGGCGACGCUGAAGAAGGAGCUAGAGGAGACGAUCGAGGAGUACGAGCAGAUGACCAAGGCGAGCAUUGAGUGGGAGAAGGAGCGGGAGAGCCUCGAGGGCACGAUCGAUAAGUUGAGGGAUGAGAGGGAGAAUCUCGAGGCGCAGUUGAGUGAUGAGAAGGUUAGGUGGUUGGGCAUGUCGAGUCCGGCGUUUGAUGGGAGGGGGAGUGGGAGUGGGGGUGGGGGACUUCCGCCGGGGUCAACGAGCACGACGGUGUUGAAGAAUGAGUUUAAGAAGAUGAUGAGGGAUACUAGGGCUGAGAGCACGAAGGCUUUGAGGGCCGAACAAGCCGAACGCCGCCGUCUCGAAGACGAACUCCGCGCUCUGAAGAAGGCUCAAGGGCCGGGGAAAUCAAGUCUUAGUCAGAGUUAUGGCGCUUGAAUGAGUGAUUGAUUGGUUGAUUGAGUGAUUGAUCACCGCCGUUUUCUCAUUGUAUUUACUUACAGCCCCUCUUCCUUCUCACUUCUUUCCUCUGAGGGGAUCAUGGGGUUGAGUGGUAUGUGUUGGAGUUGGGUUGGAAUUGAUGUGGUGGAGAUGGAGAUGGAGAUGAAUGUGAAUGUGAAGAUAUGGAAGGAAAAUGGAGAAGUGGGAGAGACUGUAGAAUUUGCAGUCGAGAUUCAGGGGAGUGGGGCAAAGCUGUAUAUUUGUAUGAUUAUGAUGAUGCACAUGAUACGAUUUUCUUGUUUUGGGUAGAUUUUUUGUUUCUUUCUUUCUUUCUUUCUUUCUUUCUUGUUCAAAAUUGUUCUAUUCUAUUCUGUUUGGGUGGUGGUGGGAUUGUUGCUGUUGAUUUUAUAUCAUGUUAUACUUUUCACCGAGGCAAAGAAUCUUUGUUUAGUUUCGAUCUUGGUCUUGGUCUCGCUUUCGUCCGUUGAGGGAGAGCGAGGCUACGAGGAAGAAUCAGAGUGAGAAUGAGGGCGAGGAAAAUAUUAAGAAUGUGGAUUCGGACGGGUUAGGGGAGAGAGAGAAUGUAUAAAUAAGAAUGAGAAUAGGGAACGGAAAUGAAAAUGAGAAUGAAAAAGACCUCGGGAUGGAAUGAAAGAACGGAACAGCGCUUGUUUACUCGUUUACUCCUUUACUUGUUUGUCUGAAAUGUGAGUCUUUAGCGAGCGAUCGAGCGUGUGUAAUCAAGCAAAAAGAUACGUAAGUACCUGCUAAGGCCAGAGGCGAGGAGAUAAAUAAAUAGAUGGAUAGAAAACACUCUUAUAAUGAAAUAAAAAAAAUAAAGCAAAAU